CCCACCACCCAUUGCUCAAUCCUGUGUUGGCUCUUCUCCAUUUUGGUCUUUACACUGAAGCACUCUGCUGCCCUGUUUCUACCACUCAAGCUAACUUGUCUUCCUCCUACACCUGAGACCACCUGCUCAGCUGUGUUGCUCCAACAGAACCUGAGCUGUGAGCUGACCACAGCUGGGAGCUGUGGCUCCCAGGUGUGCCUAGGGCUUAGCAUUAGUUGGAGCCCGAGGGUGAACAAAUGGCUUUCCAAAUUCUGCCAGAGGGCUAGGCGGGUGAGGUCUGGUUAUGGUUAGAGACUGGAAGGAGACAGCAAAGCAUUCCUGAAAAGCUAAGUAUGUUGCCAGAGAGAAAGGGACCAGAGCUUCCCUAGGGAAGGUAGUUCUGAUUUGGGUUCUACAGGAAAAACUACAAAUUACAGGAGAAAUAAAAGCACCCAUUCCUCUUUUAAAAUGAACACCAGCAGCUUUGAAUAAAACAUUUUCUAUUUCUAAACCAGAGCUAGGCUAGUUUGUUGAACUUCGUCAUUUUCACUAUGCCACAAAGCAAAUGUUCUAAAAAUGACUUAGGUUAACCACUACAUACAGGAACAAAAAUCUGUAUUUCCCAAAACAACUGAGCAUACAACACACACAUUCAUUUCACGUCUCUGCUGAAGAAGUCAACUAGGAAAUCACAUGUGCCCUCCUGCCCGGGCAGCUGAAGUGCAGACGCCCAUUUCGCUACCCAUCCCCCACCUCUGCACAGGAGUUGAUGCACCUGCUCUCCCUGUGCCAGCUACCACGAUGCCAGGCCUGACCCCAGCCCUCGCAUUCGCUGUCAGCCCAAAUGCGGAGAUUAGCUAUUAACCCUGCAAACAGGCCUCUGCUCCCCGGAGGCUGGUGGCUGGCGCUGGAAAGCAGAGCUGACGCAGACUGAGAGGUGGGAGUCCAUUUCUAGGGUCCCAGGGCAGCUGGACCAGAAUCCACGCAUAGUCCCAAGUUAAGCACCGGAUAAUGAGGGGUGGAAACGAGGGAAAGUUAUAACCACAGAGGUUGUACCGCCCCCACAGCUGGACCCCCUCUCCUGGGCCUGCUUGGAGGGGAAGGACACCACAUGUAGACGGGUUGGCCUACCCAUACCCACCUUCACCUUGAGUGACCCAGCCUCCUGCCCAGGUUUGUGGGUGAGCGCCAUCCCACCGAGUACAUCUUACAGGCAGACAAGUCCUCAGGAGGAUGGUCGUAGCCUCCCCCCACCUCAUAGGCUGUGGGGCUCCCCACUCUUCCCCUGAGGCCUGAACUGGAUAGGACUCAGAGUCCACAGACUUUGCCCCUAUUCUGGGCUGCAAAUUCCUUUUUGGCUCAAGGUGGGCUGUGAGGGCUUUCUAAGCCUAAGGGCAGGUGCUUGAGAAAACAGCCUAGAAAGUGGAAAGAUGAGACUUCAAUCAGGACCAGGCUGGAGCAGAAGUCCUGUGACUUGUCCCUGGGAGGACAAGGGGAGGGGGCAUCUGUCUGGUGACCCCAGGCCAGUGGCUGAACACACUGGAAAGGGAAGGGGUUGGAUGGCCAGGAGCAGGGGGUGGAGCUGCCUGAUGGAUAAAUCACAAGCUCUGUGUCUGGGGUCCUGCUGCCAUCUGGAGGAGCCACUGCAUCCACAGCUCUUCCCUGGUAAGUGAGCAGGCUGUUCCCCGCAAGAGCUGGACUCCUGGAUGGGGCUCCAUCCUGGGUGCAUGGCUCACCACUCAUCUUCCUCCUCCCAGUCCCCCUGCUGCCUGAGCCAGGCCCAGCAUUCUCUCUUCCUGGGUCUGCUGCCCCUAGCGUGGGAGGGUGAAGGGUUAUAGCACUGGCAGCACACCCAUCCCACAGGCCCCUGGAGUGCUGUCCACUAUCCAGGGGAACAGCUCUGCCAUGGCCAGCUCCCAGCUAGGCCUGCUGCUGCUGCUGCUGCUGCUGACCACUCACCCUGGAUCCUUGAGGGCUCAGCACUGGUCCCACGGAUGGUACCCUGGAGGAAAGCGGACCUCCAGCUCACCCCAGUACCCCCAAUAUGCCCCUAGGCUGACAGCAGGCAGGACUGGCCAGGUUCCCCAUAGCCUCCGAGGUGAUGCCCUCCCCAAGCCUGAGAACAGUGUGCCCUGGAAGGGCAGGACCGUGGCCCAGUGGCCCCUCCGUGGGAAGCAGCACCCAGUGCAGACUUUGCCGGUAAGUAGGGCGAGAGGCCACUUCUCUGUAGAGUUAAGAGGGUGUUUUGGGAAAUGAGAGGCCCCUGCCACAACAUCCCCUCUGCUAUC